AUGCCGCGUUUAACUGUAUUCGCAUUCAUUGCAUACUAUGGGAUACUUAACAUUAAUCCACAGCCGACCAGCAAAUUUAUUGAUGUUCUAAGUGUCGCCAUUCAUGCCGAAACGAAUAUUAUCUACACGAACCUGGACCUUACCAAUGCGCAGGAGGAAAUUAUCGGAAACACAAGUUCACCUAAAAUUAUUAUUACAAAUGAAACUACUUUGGUAUGGAGUAAAGUUCUUCACUCCAAAAUACUUACGAUUGUUCUUUUAGACAAUAACGCACUUAGUUCCGAAGUAAAAUCUACACUGAAACUCACACUUAAUCGUUUCUAUCACACGGAUUUGCUCUUCAUUACAACUGCUGUUCUAGAUUUCUCAGAUAACCUAUGGAACGAUUUAUUCGUUUGGUGUUGGAAAACAGGUUUCUUCAAUGUACUUUUAACUGACGUCGACAACUCCAUACUUCUAAGGCUAAUUCCAAUUCCUAUGUUCAGAUAUAAAAAAUCUACAUUGGAAGAAUAUUUGGAACAACGAAAUAAUUGGUUAGAUUUGCAAAAAUAUCCUAUUCAAGCAGUUGUCGGUAAUCGCAGUCCACGUGUUCAUGUGCAUAUCGAUAAUAAUGGAAAAAUAUCCUUAAGUGGUCUGAUUGCGGAUUAUGUGAAAUUAUUUGCAAAGCAUUACAAUGCCACACUCCAAGUGAAAUACAAUCUCAAUUAUACACUUUUUCAAUGCUUUAAUUAUCUGAAUACUGGAAAAGCUGAAAUUUGUAUCGAUAUUUUUACACAAAUAAAUAAUCAAAUCAUAAGUAAGCCAUAUCACACAGAACAUGGACACAUAAUGGUACCGUAUGCGCGUCCAGUUAUGAAAUACAAAAUGUUUCUGUUACCCUUCACUUUCACCGUUUGGUUGAUGCUUUUGAUAAGUAUUCUGUACAUGACAUGUAUGAUGUCUCUUAUUUAUAGAGCGCAAUCCAAGCAAUGGAACUUCAGUAGUUUUCUGUUAAUCACCAUUAGCAGCUUUCUUUCUUUGGACUUUAGUCUGAAGUUGUUACACGGAAAGUCUAUUAUCGUAAUCUUCUUCAUAUUACUGAUUACUGGUGGAAUUAUGUCAAUUUAUUAUUUGGCGUACCUCUUCAGCUUAUUGAAUACACCUGUCUUCGAUCGUCAAAUUGAAACAAUUGAAGAUAUGAAGGCAAUAAAUCUAUCGAUUUGGAAUGAUGAUCAAAGCUGCGUCAUUUUCGAUCAAUUCAAUACAUCUGAUACAGUGAAAGAAAUAUUAAUCUAUGUGAAUGGAUCUGAGUUUCUUUCACAUCGUAAUCGUUUAGAUCCACGGCAUAGUUAUAUUUGCUUCACUGAUACUUGUGAGAUUUUACUGUAUCAACAAAAAUUUCUUUUACGUCCCAAAGUGAAGUUACUCGAUAAACCUAUUGUCACGAUAUGGACCGGUCUUCCAAUUGCAAAUAAUUGGCCACUGGAACAUAUGUUUAAUAUUUUCUUAUUACGUAUGUUUGAACUUGGAUUCUAUAAACAUUUUCUUACGGAAACAAAGGAAACUGCUAUACGUUAUGGUGGAUUAAAGUUCUUCGAAACCGAAUACUAUUCUGUGGAACCAAUGGGUAUUGAAUAUUUUCAAAUGCCUGCUAUUCUUCUUGUAAUUGGAUACGUUUCAGCUAUAAUAAGUUUCUUACUAGAGAAAUUUUGUUACUUUUUCAAUUGA